AUGACCAUCACACGGGCAGAUAUUGCGCAGCACAAGAGUCGUGAGUCGUGCUGGGUUGCCAUCCACGGAACUGUUUACGAUGUAACGGACUUUCUUGAUCAUCAUCCUGGAGGAGCAAAUGUCAUUCUACGCUGCGCCGGCAGGGAUGCCACUGAUGAUUUUGAUUCCGUUCAUUCAGCCGAAGUGCUAAAGGAGUUGCCUGACACCGCGCUGCAAGGGCAGAUUGAUGCCGCAGAACUGGCAUCAUGCGAGAAAACAAUAAUCCCCAGUGAGAAAGCCACUGAAACUCGGGUUAUCGGUCCACCGCCCCUGAGCACGUUCAUCAACCUGCACGACUUUCAAGAAGUCGCUCAGCGGUAUCUGCCUGCCAAUGCGUGGGCCUACUAUUUCUCGGGGGCUGACGACGAAAUUAGCAAGCGCAACAAUGCCCGUGCCUAUCAGAAGGUUGCACUACGGCCGCGUAUUUUGAAGAAGGUGCCCAAUGUCGAUACAAACACUUCCAUUCUCGGCCAUGCGGUAUCCCUUCCCGUCUACAUCUCACCCUUGGGCAUCGCAAAACUUGCUCAUCCAGAUGGCGAAUGUGCCCUUGCAUCGGCCGCUGGCAAGGAGGGUGUGGCCCAGGUCCUUGCAAACGGUGCGAGUAUGCCAAUCGAGCGAGUGAUGGCGAGUCGUGUCUCGAACGAACAACCGCUAUUCUUCCAAUUAUAUGUCAAUAAAGACAUCAACAAGUCAGUGGAAGCCGUGAAACGCGCCGAAAAAGCCGGUGCCCAAGCUAUUUGGAUCACGGUUGAUUCGCCGGUGGUGGGUAAGAGAGAAAUGGACGAGCGGCUGAAUCUGGCGGUGAUGGCAAAUGAUAGUGAUGCCUCGGGCCAAGGUGUUGCCAAGAUCAUGGCCAGUUCUAUCUCGCCGUAUAUUGACUGGGAGAUUCUUACAUGGCUUCGAAAUCUCACCAGACUUCCUGUGGUGAUCAAGGGUAUCCAGUGUGUGGAAGACGCCGUUCUGGCCUACGAGCACGGUGUUCAGGGGAUAGUCCUCUCGAACCACGGAGGUCGCUCCCAAGACACUGCCCAAUCUCCACUUCUAACGCUGCUUGAGAUACGCAAAUUUGCACCCCAUCUGAUACGCAGUAAUAUGCAAAUUUUCAUCGAUGGCGGCAUUCGCAGAGGUACCGACGUUCUCAAGGCCAUUGCUCUGGGAGCAACCGCAGUCGGCUUGGGUCGACCUUUUCUGUUCAGCAUGUCCGCUGGAUACGGAGAAAGUGGCGUCCGUCGGAUGCUAGAGAUCCUACGACAAGAGAUCGAAGCCAAUAUGAUUUUCCUGGGGGCCACAAGUCUCAAGGGGCUGCGGCCGGAGAUGGUAAAUGCCAGCCGACUGGAGCGGGAUUUGAUCGGCAGUGUCAAGCUGUGA